GGCAGUUGCUGUGAAAGAAGAAGAGAAAGACUUUUCAGUGAAAGAGGAAGACGCGUUCAGAGUGAAAGAGGAGGAGGGUGUUACAGUAAAAAAGAAGAGGCAGAAAAAGAGGAGGAUGCCGUUUUUGGAGUGAAAGAGGAGGAGGGGGAGAUUACUGUCACAUUGGAGGAAGAAGAGGAGGUUGGAGAUCUGUUUCACACCAGAGAUAGAUGGUACUAUCGUGGAUCCUCUGGGGAGCCUCAACAACAUCAUGAUGCUGACCAGACAGAGAAGAGUCUCUCUACAUCAGAACACCUCAAGAAACACCAGCAGAGACCUAAAGGGAAAACAUCUAUUUGCUGCUCUGACUGCGGGAAAGGUUGCAAAUCUUUAUCAGAACUUAAAAUACACCAGCAAGUACACACAGGAGAGAAAUCAUACUGCUGCUCUGACUGCGGGAAACAUUUCUCAAGAUCAAAAUCACUAAAAGUACACAUGAGAAUUCACACGGGAGAGAAACCUUAUAGCUGUGAUCAAUGUGGGAAGAGUUUUACUAUAUCUAGCUAUCUGACUAUACAUCAGAGAACACAUACAGGAGAGAAACCUUAUAGCUGUACUCAAUGUGGGAAGAGUUUUACUCAGUCAAGCAACCUGUUAUCACACCAGAGAAAACACACCGGAGAUAAAUCAUAUAGCUGUAAUCAAUGUGGGAAGAGUUUUACUCAGUCAAGCACCCUGGUAUCACACCAGAGAACACACAGAGGAGAGAAACCUUAUAGCUGUGAUCAAUGUGGGAAGAGUUUCACGACAUCUAGCCAUCGGAUUGUACACCAGAGAACACACACAGGAAAGAAACCUUAUAGCUGUACCCAAUGUGGGAAGGCUUUUACUCACUUAGGCAGCCUGCUAUCACACCAGAGAAAACACACAGGAGAGAAAUCGUAUAGCUGUAAUCAGUGUGGGAAGAGUUUUGCUCAGUCAAGCAACCUGGUAUCACACCAGAGAACACACACGGGAGAGAAACCUUAUAGCUGUGAUCAAUGUGGGAAGAGUUUUACUAAAUCUAGCAGUCUUAUUGUACACCAGAGAACACACACAGGAGAGAAACCUCAUAGUUGUGAUCAAUGUGGGAAGAGUUUUGUUACAUCUAGCCGUCUUAUUGUACACCAGAGGACACACACAGGAGAGAAACCUCAUAGCUGUGAUCAAUGUGACAAGAGAUACUCAGAUAAAAGAUCUCUGAUCAAACAUAAGAAAAUACAUACAUGAAGGAGUUGUUUCAUGAUAUAAAUGAAAUUAUGUCACAAUGUAGAAUGUUUUAACAUUUUGAAGUAGGAGUAUUUUAAUGAUGUCACAAUGGAGAACCCUAAACGUUAGCCCCCUGUUCUAUUGAUUUCAGCAUGAUAUGGAUAUUAGCCUCAUCAGUGGAAAUUGUUUUGUACUUUGCUACGUUCAUCUUUCCCUCGAUCCUGACUAGUCUGCCAGUCCCUGCCACUGAAAACAUCCCCACAGCAUGAUGCUGCCACCACCAUGCUUCACCGUAGGGAUGGUGCCUGGUUUCCUCCAGACGUGAUGCUUGGCAUCCAGGCCGAAGAGUUUAAUCUUGGUUUCAUCAGAACAGAGAAUCUUGUUUCUCAUGGUCUGAGGCCUUUUUUUGAACUCCAAGUGGGCUGUCAUGUGACUUUUAUUGAGGAGUGGCUUCCGUCUGGCCACUAUCAUAAAGGCCUGAUUGGUAGAGUGCUGUAUAGAUGGUUGUCCUUCUGGAAGGUUCUCCCAUCUCCACAGAGGAACAAUGGAGCUCUGUCAUAGUGACCAGCGGGUCUUGGUCACAUCCUUGAACAAGGCCCUUCUCCCCCGAUUGCUCUGUUGAAGAGUGGUUCCAAACGUCUUCCAUUCAAGAAUGAUGGGAGGCCACUGUGUUCUUGUGGACCUUCAAUACUGCAGAAUAUUUUUGGUACCCUUUCCCAGAUCUGUGCCUUGACACAAUCCUGUCUCAGAGCUCUACAGACAAUUCCUUUGAUCUCAUGGCUUGGUUUUUGCUCUGACAUGCGCUGUCAACUGUGGGACCUUAUAUAGAAAGGUGUGUGCCCAAAUCAUGUCCAAUCAAUUGAAUUUACAGCAGGUGGACUCCAAUCAAGUUGUAGAAGCAUCUCAAGGAUGAUCAAUGGAAACAGGAUGCACCUGAGCUCAAUUUUGAGUCACCUAGCAAGGGUCUGAAUACUUAUGUAAAUAAGUUAUUUCUGUUUUUCGCUUUGUCAUUAUGGGGUAUUGUGUGUAGAUUAAUGAGGAACACAAUAUUAUUUAAUACGUUUUAGAAUAAGGCUGUAAUGUAACAAAAUGUGUAAAAAGUCAAGGGGUCUGAAUACUUUCUAAAUGCUCUGAAUAUGCUAUUGGUUUACCGUUAGAAUAAGUUGUAUGACUACACCAAUACUGUUCAAGCAACGAUGCAUAGACCUAGAAAAUGGAUGGCCAACCUUGCUGCUAGAGAUCUAGCUACAGGGUGUGCAGGUUUCUGUUCCAGCCCUGCACUAAACAUCUGACAUUGUGCUGAUUAUUUGGAUUACACACUAUUCAAUCAUAUCUUGUUUUGGAGUCAGAUGGAUGUCUAAACCCACUGCCCAUUUCCACAGGUGUUCUUUACGAUAUGAAAUAAAUGGUUGAUUCUUUGAAUGAA